AUGUGUACACCAACUGUCGUUCCAAACAUUUUUAAACAAUUUGUCGCAGGAGAUAACCACCUGGAACAGAAGAUAAUGCCCCUAAUACAGCAGAGGAUCUUCUCGGAGUUAAAUGAAGAUGGAUGUCUGAGAGGAGGAGACUCAAAUAAAAAUGUAAGUUCCACCCAUUCUGAAUCUAAUGAGGGCGUUUUAUCUGGGUUUGAUGGAAUGAAAUUAGUUGAAUAA